AUGAGUCAAUAGGAUGAAGGGGAAGAGAAGCAGGAUGUAGAGUAAGUUGAACCAGUCGAACCUGAGGAGCCAGAUGUACCACAAGAUGAGUACUAUGCUCCAGAAGCACUAUAAAUUCAAAAGUUACAUAAUGAUAUCAAGGAGGGACUUAAGAGAAUUGGUAAAACUGCCAAUUUAAGUGGGUACACAUUUGUGGAAUUACUAUGUGAAAAUAAAAAAAUAGACAAGUUGUUCAAUGUCAUGCUGGAUUAUGUGAAUUUGAGAAAAAUUAGUUUCGCAAAUAAUCUUUUGCAAGAUGUGAACAGUCUGUAGACUAUAAAGUACUUAACGAAUUUGAAUUUGUCAUUCAAUCAAAUAAAUAAUUUGGAUUGUUUCAAUGUUCCAAAUACAUUCGAAUUCUUGGAUGAGUUAAAUUUGGACAAUAACAAAAUUACAAACUUUGGAUAAAUCAACGUCCCUAGAUUAAAGAAGUUGUCAUUGAAAAAUAAUUUAAUUAAGAGUGCACAAGGAUUUAAUGGACAUAAUACCCUUGAAAUUCUUGAGUUAAGAAACAAUAAAUUAGAAUCAUUUGAAGGAUUUUAGAAUUUAUUGAAGCUUAAACAGAUAUGGGCUGCCCAAAAUGCCAUCAUUUCAAUUUGGCAUUUGGAUCAAUUACCUGAAUUGCACACAUUGCAUUUAAGAGCAAACAAAAUUGUUGUCCUAACAGAAAUCCCAAAUUUACCAAAAUUACACCAUCUUAAUCUUAGAGCGAAUUUGAUUGAAAAAUUGGAUGAAUUUAAUAAUCUCAAAUCUUUGGAGAGUCUUAAAUCAAUUACUAUGCAUGAAAAUCCAAUUGCAACUGAAAUGGGAGAUGGAAUAAGAAAAGAAAUUAUUAUGAUUCUUCAGUAGAUCGAAAGAGUCAAUAAAGAGCCAGUCCCCCCAGAAGAAAAGGCAGAUGCACUAGCAGAAUUAAAGGAGAGAAUAGCUGCUGCCAUUCAAAAGAAGAAAGAAGAAGAAGAGGAGGCCGCAAGAUUAGCUGAAGAAGCAAGAUAGGCUGAGGAAGCUCGAUUAGCUGAGGAGGCUGCCAAGGCUAAGGAAUUAGAAGCUGAAUAGGCUGCUGCUGAAUAAGAGGCAGCAGAUAAAGCUGCUACUGAAGGAAAGUAAAAUUAACCUAAGGUGGAGUAAGAAGAUGAUGAGGACGCUUGA